AGAGGUUGCAGUGAGCCGAGAUCGUGCCACUGCACUGCAGCCUGGGACACAAGAGCGAAACUCCAUCUCCAAAAAAUUAAAAAGGGCUUGGGGAGCAGGAGCCUUUUUGGAAGAGGAGACUUUGGGAUUUAUCUUGAAACCAUUUUGCAGCAAGAAGGAUUAUACUCAGACAGUGAUGUGGAGGAGGGGUGGUUUGGUCGUUAGGAAAUGCUGAAUGCCCCCAGCUGCAUGGAGCCCCCUUUUGAUAGCAGCCCCAUAUGAGGACUGGGUGGUGGGCAUUUCUCUCACUGUGGCUUCUCUUCCAGUGCUCUGCCUGGCCCAGACGAUCCACAUGCAGGAGGGGGCCCUGCCCAGACCCUCCAUCUCGGCUGAGCCAGGCACUGUGAUCCCCCGGGGGAGCCCUGUGACUUUCGUGUGCCGGGGCCCGGCUGGAGUUGACACAUUCCGCCUGGAGUGGGAGAAUAGAUCCAUGUUCAACGAUGCAAAGCAUGUGUCUCAACUUAUUUCAUCUGAGUCAGAGGCCACAUUCCGCAUUGACUCAGUGAGUGAAGACAGCGCCGGGCGUUAUCACUGCCUCUAUCAUAAGGCUUCCAGAUGGUCUCAGCACAGUGAGCAGCUGGAGCUCAUGGUGAAAGGUGAGGACGCCACCUGGGCCCUGCCCUGGUCUCAGCUCUGCCCUCGAGCUUGUCCUCAGGUCCCUGGACCCUGUCCCAGCUGCUGUCCUCUCUCUGUGGCCACCCUUGCCCUCCUCCUGACUCCCCGGCCCUCCCCUCCUCCUCUCCCUCUGCCCACACCUCCCCUCUGCCCUCACGCCCACUUAGGUCCUGGCACCCUGGUCCCCUCUGGACGCCACAGAUGGCCUGGACACUCAGCCCAGCAUCGGGUGGGCUCAGAGCUGCCUCUGCUUGGCUGGGUAGGGAGUGGGUUCCCAGAGAUUAGGGGGCAGCCCCCCUACAAGGGGCUGUCUUUUCACACGGGAUGGAUGGUCCUCUUGUUAUUCCUCUCCCCUGAGCCGGAACCUGCCCCAGGGAAUGUGCUCCACCUGCUGUGGCUCAUCUCCCAUUGGGCAGAACACAGGGUCCAGGGGUGGCUCCUGACCAGGGCUGGACAGUACUGUGGGAAAUCCUCUGGUAUGUGACCACACGGACCCCUGGGUGUGCUCAGCCGCACAGAUGUCCUGGAGUCAAAGUCCAAUCCACUUUCAUGUCCCCCCAGGGCCUCAAAGGAGUCCCCUAAGGUCAAGCAGAGCUGGUGUGGCGGGGGAGCAGAGGGAGUGACCAGUCCCCUGGCAGAAUGGGCCAAGCAGCGGUGUUCUUCCAGCCUCCUGUCCCCUUCCCCAUUUUUUCUGGAGUCUUGGGGACAUUGUCUGGGAUUGUGUGAUGAACAUGGGGCUUUUGGAGGGGGCUCACGGGGGAGGAGAGCAGGUUGGAUGGGAUGGUUCUAAAUAUUUCUCCAGCUCUUGUUUACGGGAACCCCUGGGAGUGCCAACUUCCCCCCAUACCCACCCCCCUUCCCCCACAGCGACUCCCCCUCUCCCCAUUCCCCUUCCUGGUGCACAGAGCCCAGCUCCUCAGCAGGUCAGUAGUAUGUUCCUCAGCAAGAGGGGAUUACAGCGGGAUCUGUGCUGGGGAUGCAGCUCUGGGUCCAGCCCUGGGCCCUGGGCUUGGAGUCAAGGACUAGGGAGACCGUGGGAAAGGACUGACACUGCCCAGCUCUGCAAGGUUGCUGAUGCUCAUAGAGACCACAGCAGCAAUGGUACCUCGACUGCAACCUCACUCCACGCCAGGCACCGUGGAUGCAAACCCCACUCUAUGGCGGAGGUACUAAGCUGAUUCUCUAACUCCUCCUCCUCUCUAAUAUGCAACGCAGAAAUUCAAGUUUCUUGCUCAAAGGCAGGAGGCUAUGAAGGGGCAGGGGCAGGGGCCACCCACCCGGGCAGCCACACCCCAGACUCCCGGGCUUGCCCGAGCUCCACGCUGCCCCUUUGUGGGCGUGUCCUCACCAUUCACCCCGCUCUGCACCUGCGAGCGACUGAGAACUCACCUUCCAACCUGGGGCACCCGGAGAGGGACCCUGGAGGCUCCUGUUGGCAUGUGAUUUCCAGGGGAGGCCUGAACAGUGGAGUAAGGUCCCUUAAGAGGACCUAUGUGAGGCUUCCCUUCCAUCUGGCUCUGCCCCGGACUCUGUGAGGGGAGUAAAGCUGCCCCAGGUCCCUGGGUGUCAAGUUGUCCAUCUCCCGCUGUGGUCUGUGACCAGAACCUCCCAGGCGAGGACAAGGGGUCAGAAGCCAUCCACAGACCCUUCCCUACCUGUGUUCCCAUCGCUAGAGUGGUCGUCCUUGACCUAGAGCAGUGACAGUCUGUGAGGCUCGGGCUCUGAGCUCAGACAGGUGGGACCAGGGGCUAAAGCCACAUGGGAGGUGGAGGAGUGAUGCUGUGCUCCAUCCAGACCCCCUCAGAGGCUCCUGGACUGCCAGGGUGCAGUGGGACAUGCUCCUGAGUCCAGCAGACCUGGUUCAAGUCCAGCGUCUGGUUUUAAUUAGCCUUCUGUCUGCAGGAAUAUCUUCCCUCUCCUUGUCUCCCUCUCCUUCCCUAUCUCCUCUCAUCUUUCAUGCAGUGACAUAUAAAAGUUACAAGGACAGACCCUCCUUGCAGCCAGAUUGCUGGGUUCAUGGUUCAAGUCCCGGUGGUUCUGCCACCCCUUAGCUCUGUGCCUGACGGUGACUCACACAAACCUCCUGUGUCCCAAAUUCCUCAUGUGAAAAAUAGGCAAUGAAAAAGCUGUCCCUGCAGAACCAUUUAGGGGAGGCCAGGCGCAGUGGCUCACACCUGUAAUCCUAGCACUCUGGGAGGCUGAGGCGGGUGGAUCAUGAGGU